CUGCUCACCUUUUGGCCCAGCCCCUUCUCGAUGCGAGCCAAGCUUGCACUGUUGCUCAAGGGCACCGAGCACGAAGAUCUCCCCGAGGAUUUGGGCAACAAGAGUAAGAUCCUACUCGAGUCCAAUCCAGUUCACAAGAAGGUCCCGGUUCUCAUCCACAAGGGCAAGCCCAUCGCAGAGUCGGCCAUCAUCGUCCACUACAUCGACGAGGUUUGGCCUGGAACAUCGCCACUCUUGCCGAAAGACGCAUUCCUCCGCGCAGAGCACCGCUUCUGGAGCGAUUUCAUCGACAAGAAGCUGCUGGACUGCUUGAUGCGUUUCGUGCGCGGGAACGACAAAGAUGCCGCAAACGAGGAAUUCAUCGCCAACUGCGUGCUUCUCGAGGGGGCCUUGACGAAGCUGGGGAGUGAACAAGAGGGUCCCUUCUUCGGCGGCGCGAGCUUCUCCUUCUUAGAUGUGAUGCUCGCUCCCUUCGCCGUGUGGAUCCCCGGGAUUGUGGGAGUGAUGGGCUUGAAGCAAGCCAGCGAGGAGCAGUGCCCGCGUCUUCACAAGUUCUUCGAGGCCGUGUCCGAGCAUCCGGCUGCCAAGGGCGCACUGCCCCCGGUCGAGAAGCUCAAGGAAUUUAUCCAGGUUCGCUUUGCGGGAAAUAAGUAAAGAGCCUUUGCAUUAAUAACAAGAAAAAGUUGGAGGUAUCUAAUGUAAUAUAAUGACAAUUUCACUAGUGUU